UGUAAACUGAAUAUUUUCAGAUAUAUUUUCAACUGUGAUGAAUUAAGAAAUGCUGUUCUAGAGUAUCUGAAUUGCGAACUCGGCAGUGAUGUCGGGGACUUGCUGACAGCUUUGUCAGCGCUAGUGGGCGUUCGCAACGAGAAUCAUCCAAUGUUCCAAUGUCGUUCGGAGGAGAACUGGAAUGGCGGGACUUCGAACUAACCAUGAAUGAGGUUAUGUAUAAUGCUGGAGGAGGUCAUCAAUCCACAUCAACUACAGAACAAUCCAUUAAUCCCGAUCUAGUAGUAUCAAACAAUGAGGCUGAAUCCAAUAAUACAAUCCAAUCAAGUUUGUCUGAAAAUGAUAAAUCGGAAGAGAAGGAGGAGGGAGAGGCCACGGAGUCCGAAACCGAGGGGUUUAAUGAGAUUGCAGAAGAGGAGGGGGAGGACGAUUGUCAACUCUGUCAAACAGAUCAGCACAGGUCCGGGGAGUGUCCAGAUUUAAAAUGUUUUAUCUGUGGAGAGCAGGGACAUGCUAUGGUUGUGUGUCCCAGAAAACCAGGACAAAUCAGAAUAUCUGAUAUUGCUAAUAUAAGUCUGAUUGGUAAAAACAAGUGGUGUGAGAACAAUCCAGAUGUAAUUGAGCCUGGAGAGAGCUUUGAGCAAGACAGUGCUUGGACUGACAAUGAAGAGCCAAGGGUUAAUGUUGUCCCAACAAUCCAAGUCAGGAUUGAAAAUGAUUUUUGCGAUAAGGAAAUUCAUUCUGGGAGAAACAAAUCAAGAUCAAACAAGAACGCAGGAAGUAAUGACUCAUUCAAAGAUGAUGAGCGGCAUAAAACUAGAUCUAGUUAUGGUCCAGAUAAAACCAAUAGAUCGGAGAAAAAACGACCGAGAUCUACUUAUGAUCGACAGGGUAGAGAGAGCAUAGACAGACGUACUCGGUCAGGGAAAGAAAGAAAGUCUCAGGAGAAACAGAAAAGAUCCAGAUCAAGGUCUAAAUCAGGGUCAAAAAGAGAUAAUAGUCCGGAAAAGAAGCGUUCGCGACAGGUUCAAUCUGGAAACUCUUCCAAAGAAAAGGAACGCCCAUCUCGGGACAAAAAUCGUUCUUUGAACAGACAAACCUCUAGACAACACUCUAGUUCUAGAAGAUCUAGAGAUGGAAGCUCAGCCCAGAGUACAAGUCGGAGAAGAUCACGCUCAAGAUCACGAAAUAGAUCUAGAAAUCUCAGAUCUAUAUCCAAGGAUGAAAAAUCAAAGAAAAAUAUGCUUGUUCAAGCUCCGGAUUUUGAAAAGGCAGCAACGGAAUUUCUUUCUAAGCCCUUAAAGAGUUCUGAAUCUGAAUCAACAGGAUCAACAGAAGUAGGAGUAGCUGUAACAAACAAUAUCCAUCUUGUGAGACCAAACCUUACCAUGAUUCCAAUAGAAAAUGAAAUUUCUAAUUUAGAAGAAAGUGGUAUUUUUCGUCUCGUAGAAAUUACCAUGACCUCUAGGUUUGCUAGAGAUAAGAAAGCAAAGACAAGUUUAGUUGAAAAUUUGAGUAAAUUCUGCACACCAUAUAAGGUUACAAAUGAAGAAAAAAUUGUCAUAGAAAACACUCAUGAAGUUGAAUCAAUGGCAGUUAUGGAAAAAAUCUCUGAAUUGAAGGUGGCCACUGCUGUAUUGAAAUCAACAAGCAUAAAACAAGAACAAGCCGUUAUAAACGAUUCAGUUCUUCUCUACCAAUCUAUUGAUAGAAAGCAAUAUCUUCUGGUUGGUGUAGGGUUGGAUAUCAUAUCUGCCAGCUCAGUAACUGAAGGAUUGGGAGAAUCUCCGAUUUCAAUCUCAUUUUACUCCCGAGGGGUGAACUUUCAUCUUCCCGUGCCACCCUUAUCUAUACUAAAGGAUCAGAAAAAGAAAUCUUUACUCCUUCAGCUGGAUAGUGAUCUUAAUAAAUAUAACAAUGAAAAGAUAUGCAAUGCAGUGCUGGAAACCUACUUGGAGACAGUAAACAAAUUGUUAAUUAAGAAUUUGAAAGAAAAAGGCCUUUUCGACCAUUGUAUUUUUGUUUUCGAAUCUUGGCACCAGGCCUCGGUGUUUUUCAAUUGGGUUGGAUUUAGCAAGAACCAUGAUUAUCUCAAGAAUGAUGCUAGAAUUAUUUCUCUAGAAGAAUUAGAGAACACCUCUGAUAUCAAGAUUCCUCUAGACGGAGCACAAAAUCGUUCAAAAUUUUCACAUUAUGUUGCGGAGAAUUUUGUUAAGAAAUAUAAGUUUGACGAGAUUAUUAAAAAAUCAAUCCGAGCCCCUACCUUAGUACCUGGUGGAAGCAUUGAUCUCUGCACCUCUCUUCAAAAUAUUUGUUAUCUAUCUCUGGAGUUUGUUAAACAUGAGUCAAGAGAUGUUAUUUCUCAGAUAGGUUGUAUUAUUGUUCUACCUAACAAUACCAGAAAAACUUUUUUCUCUGCAUGCAAUCCGUUCAGGGAUGAAAUCACGAAAAAACAAAUAUCUCUUCUGAAACUGAUCCCGACAGAAUCAGGGUUGAGUUUUAAGGAUUCUGUAACAGGAAACCUUGUUCCUGCUCUAAUUGAGCUAGAGGUUAUUGAACAGUUUCUACAAUUCUGCAAAGAGUCUACUGAGCAAUCUAGUUUUAAAACCACGCUGGUUACAUUUUCUAGCUCUGUAACGUUGACUGUUCUAUUGCAAGCUCUAAAGAAGCAUAGCAAAUCGGUCGAGUUUUUCAACAUUUUCAGAAACUACUCUGAUCUGUUUAACAUUUUGCAGAAAACUUAUCCCGAGGAAAAUAUCCUAGAUAUUCCAAGGUUUGUUGAUAUUUGUCAUUUCUUGAAAGUUGAGCCUGCGAAGGAUUCUGCGCUUCAAGCAGCAUUAACUCUCCAAACAUGUGUGAAUAAACUGGUGAAUGGCAGGGAGUGUGACAAAAUUAAAGGUUUCUCCAACACAUCCAGCAAACUGUUUCUGUCUGGGGUGAAAUAUAGUUUUUGUAAACUCCAGCACAAUCUGUAUAUUCAUCCAGGCGUUAAUACCUCAGUCAAACUCACUAGCACUUUACCUAAUUCAAGGGAUCUAAGAGUAUCCGAAUCCUUGAUUAAAGCUUGCAGUGUCAAGAAUGUUUCACUCAUUGGGAAAGAAAUAUCUAUCGAGUUGAGAAAUGAGACCAAAACAAGUAUAUUUCUGAAAAAGGAUGAAAAGAUCUUGAGGGUUUAUGAAGCCCUGACUCCACUAUGUAUUCCUACAUAUUUAGAUUAUGAUUACUCUGAAGUAGGUUCUUCUCUUGAUACCACACAGUGUUUCAAUAAACCAAUGCAAUCCCUUAUUCCUAGAAUUAUCGACAGCAGUGAACUGGAAACUGAGUGUGAAGUACCUAAAUCAACUAAGUAUAAUAUUUUGAAUUUUUCUUUGAUAAAUCUAGAACCCAAAUCUGAUCAAGAGAUCUACGCUUUUAUCAAGGAGCUCAAACUAGUUCCGAAAAUCUCUGUCUCCUUUCAGAUGAAGGACUUGCAGGGUCUGAAAUUCUUCUUAACAAAAGACUCAUGCAGCCUGGAGAUUUGCUAUGGACGGCUUCAUCUAUUGGUAAAAAACCUCACAAUGAAAUCUCAGACAAUUUUUAAGCACACAGAACUUGGGGUUGUUUACUGUGAUAUUGAAGAUUCUGGAAGUUCUCCAGCAUCUGUUGCAUCUCCUAGAUUUCUGAAAGUGAAGGAGGUAAAACAUGAACAUGAGAAAACUGUUUCGGAAACCAAGAUAAAGCCAGGCCCCCAACCAACAAUUUCUGCUGUUCCCGUUCAGAACACUGAACAAAAUGUUGUUCAGAUAGAAGAUUCUACCAAUAUCACUGAGUUAAAGCCAGGCCCCCAACCAACAAUCUCUGCUGUUCUAGUACAAAACAAUGUACAAAAUGUUGUUCAUAUGGAAGAUUCUACAAAUAUUACUAUGUUAAGACAUGAUUCUGAUGCUGAGAACAGUAGCAAAUCAAGCUUUCCUAUUAAUACUAAUCACACCAGGCCUGUAGAAAAGAAGACAGAUUUAAGCAAGAAAAAUGAAAAUGAGAAUGGAACUGAAAAAGUUCAUUGCAAUGGCUUGAAGCUUUUGGUACUGACGAAAUAUCCUGAAUAUGAAGGGUUUUUCUCGGCUUGCAAUGUUUACAAGAGCUAUAAAAGUUUAGAUUUGUCUGAUAAUGAACUUAGUAAACUUAUUCUUCUUGUGAUGCCCUUAAGUGAAAUAUUCACAAGCUUUGAUCACAUUAUUCAAGAAAUCUCUGAUAAGGAACCCCUCAAUGCUGAAACUAUAGCAAAACAUUUUGAUUCUAAAACUUUUGACCUGUUCUCUGAAAUGAUCCCUGAUUCCAAGUUUUGUGACAUCUUGGUUCAUCAUAUCAAACUGAAAAAAGCAAAGAAUUUGAAAGAUGCCAGGGCGGAAGAGGCCAGGGAGAAUGAGGCCAGGGAGAAUGAGGCCAGGGAGAAUGAGGCCAGGGAGAAUAAGGCCAAAAAGAGGCCAGGGAGAAAGAGGCCAAGGAGAAAGAGGCCAGGGAGAAAGAGGCCAAGGAGAAAGAAGCCAGGGAGAAAGAGGCCAAGGAGAAAGAGGCCAGGGAGAAAGAGGCCAGAGAGAAAGAGGCCAGGGAGAAAGAGGCCAGGGAGAAAGAGGCCAGGGAGAAAGAGGCCAGGGAGAAAGAGGCCAGGGAGAAAGAGGCCAAGGACAAAGAGGCCAAGGAGAAAGAGGCCAAGGAGAAAGAGGCCAGGGAGAAAGAGGCCAGAGAGAAAGAGGCCAGGGAGAAAGAGGCCAGGGAGAAAGAGGCCAAGGACAAAGAGGCCAAGGAGAAAGAGGCUAAUGAGAAAUGGAUUAAGAAGAAAGAAGCAAAAGAGGCUGAGGAGGUUUAUGUUAAAGAAAAUUUUUGUUUCAUAUGCCAAGUUGAAGAUCAUAAAACUAAAGAUUGUGUAAAAUGCACCAAGUGUGCUA